AAAGUUUCAUUUGAAAUUGUAAAAGAAAAUGAGAAAGUAUGGGACAGUUUUAUUGUUUAUUAUAGCCUUCUCUAUCUUUGUAAUUUUAUUAGUAGGCAUCCACCCACAAAACAAAGGGGAGGAGCUAAUUGGAGAUAAAUCCUUGGUUAAACUACUGACAAAAAAUACGAUUGUUAAUAUAACGGAAGAAAGACAAAAUAUUUUUUUUCUCAAAGCACAUAAAUGUGCAAGCAGUACAUUGCAAAACAUUUUAAUGAGGUAUGGUUUCUCUCGGAAUUUAGAUUUCGUAUUGCCAGCAGUAGGAAAUUAUAUAGGUAAUCCUGAAUUUUUCAAUGGUAAAUUAAUACCUCAACCUUUGAGAUCACAUUCAGGGAAAUACAACAUUUUUACUCACCAUACAAGGUACAAUUUUUCUGCUACCAAAGAUGUCAUGUAUCCAGAUUGUGCUUUUGUUACUAUAUUGAGAAAUCCACCUGAUUUGUUUGAAUCAUUGUAUUCGUUCUAUCAUUUAGAAAAACUGACAAAAAGCACAUUUAAACAGUUUAUAAAUGAUCCGAAGAAGCACAAAAACUUAAAACAGCAACGAUUUCUAAAUAAGAUAGGAUUGAAUCAGAUGUCUUGGGACCUUGGGAACAAUGAAUUGGAAAAUCUAUCUAAAGCUAAAAUCAAGAAGUUUAUCAGGAAAAUUGAAAGAGAAUUCGACUUAGUAUUGAUAUCAGAAUAUAUUGAAGCCUCUUUAGUACUUCUUUGUGAUCUGAUGAAAUGGCCGUUGAAGCAUGUUGCUUUUUUAAAGCUCAAUUCAAGACCAGUAAACAUGAAGAAUACUCUCAACGAUCACGAAAGGGAUGUAAUUUCGAAUCUGAAUGCCAUCGAUACAGAAUUGUACGACUUUUUCCUUGAUAAGUUCAGACAAAAAAUCCAUGCAUACGGUGUUGAAAGAAUGGCGAAAGAUGUGAAACAAUUGUUGAAGUUGAACUCGCAACUGUGGAAAGACUGUGUAGAAAGUCCGAACAACAAAGGCUAUGCCAGAACCUUAAAUUAUGACAUAAGAAAUAAUCUCGACUGGACUUGUUUCUACUCGACUAGAAAUGAGCUAACUUUUACUGACGAAAUCCGUGAUGACCAAGUGAGAAGAUUUACAGCAAUUAAAAAACUUGAAACUUUUAUAGAAGGAGGCGUAGAAUAAAUUUUCAAAUAUUUUCCUAUUUGAAAGUAUGUCUAUGAAUCUCUGGUUUCAUCGGUUAAGUUAAAGUAACUGUAAUAUAUAUUUUCAUGUAUUGUUGUUUGUAUUUAAAUUUAUAUAAACUUAUUUACUUUAAUAACAAAAAUAUGAUUUGUAAUACAAUAAUUUAAUACAAUGAUAAAAUGAUAUGGAAGUUUUGAUGUAAUUAAAUUUG